AUGAAGAUUGCAGUAAGGCAUUUGGAGAAGGCAUUUCUGAGAGCACGAGUAAUGGAGAGGGAUGAGCACCACUUUGUAGAGGCAAAAUCAUUUGCGAGAGCACUUUAUAGCAACCGGGUGUCUAGCUGCUCGAUUGUGUCCACAGAGAAGGCAGAUGUCUAUAUUUCAGACUUUGGGUUGUCCAGAUGGAUGGAGCAGUCGAGCUGGAUGCAGUACAUUGAGAGAUCAGCCUUGAGGGGCGCCCUGAGCUACAUCCCGCCUGAAAUGUUUCUCCACAGCACCAGGCCUCCAGGAACCGAAUACCAUGUGUAUAGCUCUGGGAUUGUCAAUUGGGAGGUUCUUAUGCCAUAUUCAGGAGCCAACAUGAUGGCCAUCAUAGUUGGGACUUCAGCAGGCAGGCGGCCCUGCCUAGAGUCCAUCUGUGAUGAGUGGCCAGGGGAACACCAGCAGAUGGUUGACUUGCUGAAGAGGUGCUGGGACCAAGACCCCAAGAAAAGGCCACACUUCACAGAUAUCCCUGUGGAAACUGACAUGCUCCUGCCAUUAAUGCAAAGCCUUGUGAUGGAUCCGGAGAAUGAGCGCCUCGUCAGGAAGAUGUCUCACAAGCCCACCAGAUUUGGGAGCCAAAAAAAAGCACCAGUUCAGGAGAGAGUUCAGGAGUCCAAGGAGACCGCAUUCGACAUAGCCAUGAUUGGCAGCCAAGACUCAUCUCCCACGUUCCCCCACCAGCGAGGUCAAGGGCCUGGAGAGCUUCAUAAUGUCCAAGGAAGUCCGCAGGGCCAGGAAAAUGGCCUCACCCUGCUUCACCUCGUGGUGAUUCAAGGAAAUGUGGAGAAGCUGAAGUUUCUGUUGAGUCAGGAGGCCAAUGUGGACAUCCAGCUGGUCUGUGGCUACACCCCACUCCUUGUGGCUGUCCAGAAGAGGUCACCAGAGAUCUGCUCAGUUCUAAUAGAGCACGGUGUGGAUGUCAACAUGGCUGCCAAAGGCCGCUGUUCCCCUCUUCACUUCGCGGCUCAGAAUGGGGAUGACAGGAUUGUGCGCCUCUUGCUGGGCCACCAGGCGCAGGCAGACUCCCAAGAACAUGAAGGAUGGACUCCACUUCACUUGGCAUCCCAGAACAACUUCGAGAACAUGGCCCGGGUGCUGCUUUCCCGCCAGGCUGACCCCAGCUGCCAGGAGAACAUUGGGAGAACUGCCCUCCACGUGGCAGCUUGCUUCGGGCACAUCAGCCUUGUGAAACUCCUAGCUAGCCAAGGAGCUGACCUAGAGAGGAAGCAGAAGACCCACCAGACCCCACUGCACUUUGCACUGUAGUUCAGGGUGGUGCAAUACCUCCUGAAGAGUGGGGCAUCUGUCAACUGCCUGGAUGGGAAUCACUACAGUGCCUUGCACAUGGCUGCGGUGAAGGGGAAAUACCUGAUAUGGGAGAAAUUGAUCAAAUACAGGGCCAAUGUGGACUUGAGGAUGGACAAAGGGUGGACCCCUCUACACCUGGCUUGUUUUAAGGGCCACAUCGAAAUCAUCUGCCUGCUAAGAGACAACCAAGGAGGCCUGGACUGGACACCUCUUCACAUGGCCACCUGCUAUAGCGAAGAGUCUGUGGUCUGCGAGCUCCUGAGAAGCGGGGUGGACCCCAACAUCACUGAGAAAUCAGAGUGGACCCCUCUGCAGCUCGCUUUCCAGCGGGGUGCCUUCCUGAGCAUCAUCAACCUUCUGGAGCACAAAGCAGACAUCAUUGUUAAGAACAAGGCGGGUUGGACUCCCCUGCGCCUCGCUGUCCUCAGUGGCAAUGUGGCUAUCAUAAAGUCCUUAAUCAAGGCUGGUGCUGUGCUGGAUGUGGAGGACAUGACUGGCUGCACACCCCUCCAGCUGGCCAUUAGGAAUCAGAAGCAAAGCAUUGGACUUGCCAGUGAAUAACAUGGAGUGGUGAAAAAGCUUAAAACCGUGAGCUCCAAUUCACCUCUGACAUGGUCAACAGGUGGGAUGGAUUUGUAGAGUCACCAGCUCUUGUAAUUUUAUCUUGAG